AUGGCUCAACCAGUGUUUGUUUCAUCAGCCCAAAUCCCAAAAGAAGAUGAAAAGAUAGUGUUUGAUUCAUCUGUUAUGUCAUAUGAAACCACCAUACCCAAAAAAUUCAUAUGGCCUGAUGAGUUUAAGCCAAGCCAAGACAUACCAGAACUUCAAGUUCCAGAAAUUGACAUGAAAGCCUUUCACUCUGGUGAUCCAAAAGUUAUAUCAAAUCUUUGCUCUAAGAUUGAUGAGGCAUGCAAGAAGCAUGGAUUCUUUCAUGUUGUUAACCAUGGCGUGGACGCCGAACUCAUAGCGAAAGCUCAUGUUUUGAUGGAUGAUUUCUUUGGCAUGUCGUUGGCAGAGAAACAGAAGGCUCAGAGAACGCUAACAGAUUUUCGUGGGUAUGCUAGCAGCUUCACUGGCAGAUUCUCUACCAAACUUCCAUGGAAGGAAACACUCACUUUUCCUUACUCUGCUCAGCAUUCAUGCAAAGCUGUGGAGGAAUAUUUUGUUAAUGCUCUUGGGGAAGAUUUUCGUCACUUUGGAGAGUUCUACGAGAAAUACUGUGAUGCAAUGAGCAAUCUAGCCCUUCAAAUCAUGGAGCUUGUGGGGAUGAGCUUAGGAGUUGGGAAAUACUUCAGAGACUACUUUGAAGAAAAUAACUCUAUUAUGCGACUGAAUUACUACCCACUUUGUCAAACACCUGAUUUGACCUUAGGAACUGGGCCCCACUGUGACCCUAAUUCCCUUACCAUUCUUCAUGAUGAUCAAGUUGCUGGUCUUCAAGUGUUCUUCGAUGCCCAAUGGUACUUGGUUCCUCCAAGACAAGGUGUCUUCGUUGUUAACAUUGGUGACACAUUUACGGCUUUAUCAAAUGGAGUUUACAAGAGUUGUUUGCACAGAGCUGUAGUGAAUGACAAAUCAGCAAGAAAAUCACUUGCUUUCUUCCUGUGUCCUAAGAGGGACAAAGUUGUCAAUCCACCAAAGGAACUCAUUACUGAAGAGAAUCCAAGAAAAUAUCCAGAUUUCAAGUGGCCAACCUUGCAUGAAUUCACUCAGAAACAUUACAGAGUUGAUGAAGGAACUCUUGAAACAUUCUCCAAGUGGCUUUUAGACAAUAAAACUUCAACCAAUUAA